AUGCAUGGGAUGUCUGCGGGGUCCGGUAGCCAAAGACUUUCGGAUUUUGAGGGCGUUGAUUGCUCGUUUCUUGCUAUCGUCUGCUUCAUAUACUUCACCCGGAUCAUCGCCAUUUUUAUUAUGGUUGCAGUCCCCUUCAAAUGGAAGUGGAUGUACCAGCUCCUGGAUGAAGUGGCCACCUUCAUACUCAUUGUGUUAACCGGGUAUAAAUUCCGCCCGGCGUCCGACAACCCGUACCUUCAGCUUCCCCAGGAAGACGACGCCGAUGACCUGGAAAUGGAGGCAGUUGUGACAACCACAGGAGUGACAGAGGGUGUGAAGAAAGUGAAAAAAGUCGUCAAUGGAUCUUCGGAGCCGCAGGAUUCGGGACCUGCUGGCUUUUAAUUUAUUUUCUGUACUCCAUCGGAGGGGAAAACCGUCGGUACCGCACUCCCCGCUAAACCAAA